AUGGCGGACGGAGACAGAGAAUGGGAAAUCCAUCUCCGAUCGUUAUCCUCCGCCGCCAGAGACGCCCCCGACCCCGCCUCCGACUCCUCCCUCCUCAACUCCGUCACGCGCCUCCACGACCUCUGCAGAGAUGGCGAGAAAUCAGUAGACGAAUUGGUGGCUAGGGUUUACCCUCACCUCAACAAGAUAUUCCAGCGCUGCGCCUCCUCGAUCUCCCAAUCCCAAACCUCAAACGGCCUUCUCUUGCUCACUAUCCUCCAAUUCUUCCUCGAUUUCGGUGAUUCAGUCCUGCACGACGCCGAGCCCAGCCUACGGACGUUUUUCCGAUCGUGUCUGAGCCGCGAGUUUUCUGAUCCCGCCGUCGCCGAGGCGACUCUCCAGUUCCUCAGCUCGAACAGGCCAAAACUCGUAAGAUCCUUCCCCGCACUCCUCCCACAAUUUUUCCCCCUUCUGCUGAAACUGAUCGCUUGGAACGGUGAAAAGUUAGAACAAUCAUUCCUCGAAGUCUUCCCCGGAUUAAUAUCUCCAGGAUCGUUUAUUCCCCUCUUCUCGUCCGUAGUAGAUUUACCUAUAUUGGUUGUGGCGUUGGAGAAAGUUGAGAAAACCUCAGGGCCGCUGGUGGGGACCAGCAUAGCCUCGAUUCAGAAGAGCGCUGCUCCCGAGAUGCUGCUGGCGCUCAUGGACGAGGCCUACACGGGCUCCACCAUAGGUGACGGUGGUGCCGACUCAGAAUCCGAGGACAGCACGCCCAUGGCCGUGCCAGACUCCCUCUUUCUCGAUCUCCUCAAGGACGAAAAUGAUGGCCUUGCCGAGCGCCACUGGACCUCCCCAUCAAUGGCGGCAGCUUUACAAGCACUGGUCAAAUCAUCCCCUCUCUCCGCCAGGCUCAAGGAGGCCCUCCGCAUAGCCCCACGAAUUCUCGAUUCCUAUUUCGCCCUCUCGGCUCGUGAUGCGCGCGCGAACGAUUCUCUAGUAUGUGCUCUGAUACCUCUGAUCAUGACCAGAUACUCUACGUUGUUCCCGGAAAAAAUAUUCUGUUAUAAUGUUGAGAAAAGGCUGUUGGAGUUGGUGCUCUCGGCCUUCCGCCGCUCGCCUCAUUUCAUCGCGAUCCUCAAAAAGCCGAUCACUGACCGGCUUGGGGAGGCCUACGAUGGGCCCGCUGAGGCCGAGCUAGCAAUGCAGCUGUGCUGGGCUGUAGGGGAGUACGGAGGGGGAGGCAGGCCUUUCAAAGAGGCGGCUCGUGAGCUCUUCGAGAGUUUGGAACUAAUUUUAUACGAGAAUCUCGCUACUAGUCGAAUCGGGCUAGGCGAGGUGGGGAGUCCUCCCGAGUUCAGAAAAUCCUUCCAGUCGAGGAUUUUGUGUUUUGUGGUGACAGCCAUAGCCAAACUGGCUACGUGCCACCAAGAGCUGCUGCCAAGGGCCCGUGUCUCGUUGGCAAAGGUGGCCCGUUCGAGAAUUUCGGAUGCUAGGGUUUGGGGACGCGCGCGGGAUUAUUUGGGGUUGAUGAGUGAGCCCGCGAUUUGUUUGUCUGUAUUGGGUCCUUCAGGUGAGGCCACGCAGAACCCAGGGACGGUUAGCUGGGAUGAAGGAGGUAGAAAGAUGAUUGCUCAUGUUCCGUUCUAUGUCCUAGGCGGACAGGAAGGUGCCCCAAAUCAUGAUUUUUCGUUUGCAGAUAUUCUUCCUAGUAGCCUGUUUCGGCAAGUUACUUUGGAAGUUUGGACCGUGCGUAGAGUGUAUGUUCUUCGGAUGAAUAUGAUAUAUCAAGAUGAGCUUACAUUCAUGAAGGGACAGUGCAUUUUACAGACGCCGACCUCAGAUAUUGCUCUGGAUAUCCGGAGUUUUUCUGAACACAGGCUUUUAUCUGAGUUUAAAACAGCGAGCAACUUGGUUAUGGAGUUUAAAGGAACAAGCUUUGUGCUUACUUUGGAUUCAGAACUUCCAACCGAGUAUUUUUUAACGUUUUAGCCGUAGGUCUCUCUUUUUGUGGAGUCAGAUAUAAAGAAUGAAUAGAUGAUUGCUUUCGUUAUAUGAUUUCUUUCUUUUGAGUGAGUGCUGGGAAAAAAUAAUGAGAAUGACUAGGGGUUUCAAAGAAAAGUUGUAUGUGUUUGUUACUUAUGACAUUGGUUAGUAGUUGCUAAUUCAGACACUACAAAAAUUCAAACCCGACUCUCUUUUAUCUCUACCUUUGUCGACCUUCAUACCACAAACUCAUCAGCCACUAGCCAUCGUUAAGUUUCUUAAGUAGCUGAGAAUUUUCAGCCAACCGCACGACGGCACGAGCUAAGGUGCUGAAGCUCCUAAAACGCCGAGGAGUCCCUGUUAACUCUGCACUCGGUCACUAAUCGACUUUAGUUCAUUCUCGAUCCUAUUACUAUAUAUAAUCAUUGUAUUCUAGCAUGUCUAAAAAUAGAAUAAAACCUAAUAAAAUAUGAUGAUUCAUUGUAUGCUAUUACAUUUUCAGUCUCACUAAUCAAUCCACCAAUCAACAAGUACAUUAUUCAAUCAUUUUCACGUUUUUCCUUUUUC